CAGGUAAAAACAAAGGGUGAGUCCGUAAUCUGCUCGUCUCUAUUGUCAGAAAAAUGGUUUUUGAAACUGGGUGGCUGUCAAUUUGAAUCGCAGCUAUGCAAUUAAUGAUCAGUUAGUGAUUCAAAUUUCUAUUUAAAGUUACAUUGUUGUCCGCGUUUGUUGGAAACAUUUUUUGUAACAUAAUACUUUAGAUUUUCUAGACAGCUGGAGACUUGGAAAAUGAACGGUGCUUAAAACUGUGGCCGUUCUCUGUUGGUUUUGGAACCAAUGAUCCAGGCUUCUUUACCAAUCGAACAAGCACAAUUUCUUUAAUAUUGAUUGCUUAGCUUGUGCACAAACUUCAGGUAAUCUGAGCGUCGUCUUGCUUUCUUUCGGACAUUUGAAAUCUCAAAUCAUCGUUAAAAGAGAAACAGAGGUUCAACUAAUGAAGGAAAGCACAGGCUACCUUCAUUUUCUCUUCACCAAAUGCAUUAAAAAUUUUGGAUAAAAACGUGAAGAUCAUAGUUGUCUGACUUCCAAAUUCUGGAGCCAAUCGCUCCCCUAGCCGCGGAGGCCACGACCCGUUAAAAACAACCACAAGGGUAGUUGAAAGCGAAACAUACCGGUCCCUGUUGGUUUUUGCUUUAUGAAUUCAGCUGGCGUCCACCAGACGAGACUUGAUCAACACAACGUUAAAGGACUUUGUCAUAAUAUUGAUUCUCCAUCCUUACCCUUUCUCUCUAUCCGAUUUUGUAGGUUGAAGGGAUGGAGAUUAUCCCAUCCAAAAGGGGAUUAUUUGGUCUUUAUGCAGUAAAUUGUACCAAAUAUAAUUAUUGCUAGGUGACAAUUUACUUAAGUUUCUUGAAAAGAGCCAUAACUUUCACCUCUCAUAAAACUUGCAACAUCAACCGUUCCUGGCACAAUAACUAUCAUUUUUUCCGGUUACUUCAUUGUUUCUCUCUUUGCAUUAUGCUAAGUUCCUGCAAACCUUGUUGGAUCUCUCUUUACAAGAGAGCUAAACAGUUUCUUCACGGCAACCGAUGCAAGAGAAGAAUACACCGCAGAUUGUCAUCAAGUUUUGAAUUGAUAACAUCAUCUUUUGGGGCCAUGGAGCUGUCUGGUCAGUUUAGACAAGUCUUCAAAGUCAUCGACGCAAAUGGGGAUGGAAAGAUAUCUUCUUUAGAGCUCAGUGAAGUGCUUUUGUGCCUUGGACAUGAAAAGUCUACAGCCUACAAAGCAGCUGAAGGAAUGAUCAGAGAAAUUGAUUUUAAUGGAGACGGUUUCAUCGACUUGGAUGAGUUUAUGCAUGCAGUUAAUACGGAUGGAGCAAUUUGUAGCAACAAUAGCGAGGAAGAUUAUCAUAUGGAUGCUUUUCUCAUCUUCGAUAGUGAUAAAAACGGGUUGAUUUCUGCCAAAGAGUUGCGUAAGGUUCUGGUUAGCCUUGGAUUCAGCAAGUGUAGUCUUCAAGAGUGCAAGCGCAUGAUCAAAGGUGUUGAUAAGGAUGGAGAUGGAUUUGUGGACUUCAAGGAAUUUCGAUCAAUGAUGACCGCCUGUACAAGUUGAAGAUGAGAAAAGUCGAUAGAGCUUCAUCUUGAAUAUUCUCCAGGUACUAGAAAUUCUUUCUAUUUGUAUUCUAUCUACAACCUUAUCAUAUCUAAAUGUAAUGAGUUGAAAGUAGAGCGAUGUAAUUUAGCUUUAGGCCUUGAUAGAAAUAUCUAGAACAAUUUGAAUUGCAGCCAGAUUGUACAAGCCGAUUGUGUGAGAUAUCGUCACAAAUGAUGCAGAAUUUACUGAAGUAGAAUCGUAAGUUCCAAGUUUAUAACAAAUUUUUGGAUUCUUCCUUCUGCCGGAAUCCAAGGUGUUCUGUUUUUCCUUUCUUUCUCUGGCACUCCACACCCACAUCUGCACCCAGACAAUGAUCACAGAAAGCUUGAUACAAUUAGUUGGGGGUAUGGCUCCUCCAUCAUUUGUCUAGUUGUAAUCACUUCGCCGCUUAGGAAAUCUUGUCAUUGGGUUAAGUAUUACUUAUAGUAAAGCCACAAGAGAUAGCAACUUUAUGACAAUCCCAAUAAUUAUUGACGCUAACGUUAACAAGAAAACAAAAAGAUGAGUUUUAAAUGUUUAACGUUUUCUAUUUCGUAAUUAUGAACACAUGCUUGAUUUUCAUUCGUCGACUUCGCCUGGCUAAGCUCAUGACCUGUUAGAUGUUAGAAGUUGGAAACGACUUUAUUAAUCAAUUUCAAUUUCAUAUCCAUGCCAAUUUAAAAGGCCAACUAGAUAUUUUUGCAUGAAUGUUGCUGUCUGAAUUUGGAGCUGAUCGCCUGAUUUAUUUAUGAUCCUACGCUGUUAGCCGGAUUUGAAACACUAAAACACAACAUACACCAGAGAUAUCCUUUGCUCAAGGGGACAUUUCCCCAAAAUGUCCCUAACAAACCAUUGGGCCUAGGGCCAGAUGCUCAAAAGGUCUUGAAGAAGCCAAUUGGGCUUGGUUGAACCUGAAGACGAGAGGGCUCCGAUAUUCUUGUCUCUACUGAGUAAUGAAUUUAUGGACUUAAAAAUUCUUUUCCAAGUUAAGGCCCAUUAUCAACUAGGCCUGGCCUUAAAGUCUAAAUGAAAACUUGAGUUAAACGAGGCAAAUUCUGGUACUUAAAUCCAACCUAAUUUCUUGGUUUGGUUUUCCUUAAUUAGCUCGAGAAGGACCCUGUUGUUAGAAACUUGAAAACUCCUUACUUCCACUCAGGCCAUUACACAAAAUUAGAACUAGCACGUUCUUAUUCAAGUACAGUUAUGCCUUUUGGUUGAGAAAAGGAAAUCUAUAAUCAAGUAAAUUUUUUAAUGCUUAACUAGUUAAGUACAUGCUUCAACUUUAGUAGUAUUAUUAUAUAUUUCUUUUAAAACAAUAAUGCCCUUGCAGACUUUGCUGAAGAGCCUGCCAAUAAAUCAUCCUAUACCCUUUAUUCUUUUCCAAAGCCAAUGUACAAUUAAUUUUGUUAACAGAAGAGUUUAUACUCUAUGGCACAUAUUUGAGACAUUUGGUUACUUUGAGAGAAUUAGGCAAAGCCCUUUGUUGGGUAGAUUUGCUUCCUUAUAAUUGCCAUCAUUUUCAUGACCAAGCUGUUCAAAACGAUAUUUUAAUGAGUUGUCGAAAAACAUGCACCAAACUGCACCUUUUUUUCCAGUGUUUUAGCAAUGGUCAUGUUGAACGCAAUCAUGAUGUUUUCUUUGCUCUUGUUAUAAUAUUCAGUUGGUUUUUAAACUUCCGUUAUUUAUUAACAUUUUAGAAUACAAAAGACAGCAGAAAAAGUAACUUAAAGUUAUCAUCAUAUUGUCCUUUGGAGACAAUUUCUUAGAAUAUCAUCCUUUUUU